GGGGUGGAGGGAUUAUAGAGAAGAUAUCCAUGAAGUUGGAAUUUGAGGAGAUAUAUUGGAGAUAUCCAUCUAAAUCUUUAUAUCGUUAUAUUACCCUGAUAUCCUUCGAAAAUAAUUGUCAAAUUUUAUGUUAAAAAUUUCAAUGACAAAUAUAGUAAUAAUUAUUAAAUUUCGUCCAUAGAAAAUGGAAAUGGGUGUGCUUAUGCAGGAUUGUCCCUGUCUAAGCCGCGACUUGGCCAGAAUUUUUGAAAUUUAUUGGCAAGCAUCUGAAAAGAAAUGUGCUAAAGAAGUCCAAAAAAUGAUACAACAAAUGCCCCCAGCAUUUUACAAUUCUCAAAAGCCUUUGGCUAUUUUUGAUGGGGAAAAUAAUAAAUUGGAUGUGCAUUUAUCUGUAGUAUCCCUUGUUAAUGAAUUGGGGAAGAGUGUUUUUCAUUUAAUGCUUUACUUUGGAGCAUUAGCAUCUCCACGUUCAUUAAACAGUCCAAGGCGAAGUUGGGAUUUAAACGAUAUUGUUGAAGCUAUAAAAAAUGCCAAAACUUUUAUAUUAAUUCACGUCAUGGAUUACUUCCCAAUGUUUUUAUAUACACAAAAAGGAAAGUAUUGGCCACCAAUAGAUAACGCUAUAAGAGAAGCUAUCCUUAGAGGCGUCAAAAUUAAAAUAAUUUCAACAGCUUUACAUUUUCCCAGUAAAGGAUUGGGAUUUUUAAAAUCGUUGGAAGUGUUGGGUGAAAGAUAUGGUGGUGGUUCUGUUACUGUUAAAAUAUUCAAAGUCCCAGCAGACUCUUUUGCCUACCAGCCAGUCCUUCAACGAGACAGAAGAACCCACAAAAAGUUUUUAAUGGCCGACGACACUUUAAUUAUUGGAACGUCGAAUUGGUCCGGAGAUUAUUUUGAAGAUUUAGGCACUGGAGUAGCCAUAGUUUUGAAGCAAACAGAAAAAAGAAGAAAAAUUCCUCAAAUAUUUAAACAAAUGAAGAAUUUAUUUGAAAGGGAUUGGAAUAGUAAUUAUGCCCAUUUAUUAAAUUUUUAUAUUAAAAAUUGUUUGGAAGAAAAUGAAGGGAGGGAAGUUGAAGGAAUUUGUGAAAUUGAAAAAGAUCCCAGUUUAUUAACUAAUUUUGUUGAUAUUAAUAGAACAACAUCUACUCAAUGA